AGGAGCGUGCAGUAUUGGGACAGGCGCGCUGCGGCCAACCCCGGCGGCUAGCGGAGCGCGGCCGGCGGCGAGGCGAGCUGCAACAAGAUGGCGGCGGCGGGAGCCGAGGCGGCGGCGGCGGCGGAGGAGGAGAAGCGCAUGGCAGAGGGCGACCCCGAGUCGGGGGGCGAUUCGGAGGACGAGGGCGACUCGGAUUCGUCGGGCGACGGCGAGGAUGAGGAGAAGGAGAACGAGGCGGAGAUCCAACGGCUGGAGGAGCAGCUUUCCAUCAAUGCUUUUGACUACAACUGCCACUUGGAUCUGAUAAAGCUGCUUCGCCAGGAGGGAGAGCUGGUGAAGCUCAGAAGAGCUCGGCAGAAGAUGAGUGAACUCUUCCCACUUACUGAAGAAAUUUGGCUGGAUUGGUUGAAGGAUGAGAUAAAAAUGGCUUCUGAAAUCUCAGAGCGAGAGAAAGUUUAUGAGCUGUUUGAGAGAGCUGUGAAAGACUACAUCUGUCCUGAAAUUUGGCUGGAAUAUGCCCAGUAUUCAAUCGGUGGCAUUGGUCAGGAAGGGGGAAUUGAGAAAGUUCGCUCAAUAUUUGAGAGAGCAUUGACAGCAGUGGGGCUGCACGUGACAAAAGGAACAGCUCUGUGGGAAGCUUACCGUGAGUUUGAGAAUGCCAUCCUGGAGACAGCACAGCCAGCUCCUGGCAGCGUUCCGUCACCUGAGCAGCAGCAGAUGCUCUGCAGCCAGCUUGAGAGGAUCCACACGCUGUUCAGGCGCCAGCUGGGGAUCCCACUGUUAGAUAUGGAGGCUUCAUAUGCUGAGUAUGAGGAAUGGUCCGAAGAUCCGAUACCAGAAACAACAAUAAAGAGCUACAAAAAAGCUCUACAGCAGUUGGAGAAGUGUAAACCAUACGAAGAGGCACUGCUGGGUGCUGAGACACCGAAGCUAGCAGAAUACCAAGCUUACAUUGAUUUUGAAAUGAAAGCUGGUGAUCCAGCUCGCAUUCAGUUGAUCUACGAGAGAGCUUUGGCUGAGAACUGCCUUGUACCUGACCUGUGGGCACGCUACAAUCAGUAUUUGGACCGGCAGCUGAAAGUGAAAGAGUUGGUUUUGUCUGCCCAUGACCGUGCUGUCAGGAACUGUCCUUGGACCGUUGGGCUCUGGAUUCAGUAUCUUUUGGCAAUGGAGAGGCAUGGAGUUGAUCACUGCAUUAUUUCUGACAUGUUUGAAAAGGCUCUGAAUGCAGGCUUUAUUCAGGCAACAGACUAUGUAGAAAUCUGGCAGGCAUAUCUUGACUACCUGAGAAGAAGGGUGGAUUUCACACAAGACUCCAGUAAAGAACUUGAGGAGCUGCGAUCUGCGUUUGCCCGUGCUGUGGAGUAUUUGAAACAAGAAGUAGAAGAGCGCUUCAGUGAAAGUGGAGAUCCAUCCUGUACUAUCAUGCAGAACUGGGCAAGGGUUGAGGCCCGCUUAUGUAAUAACAUGCAGAAGGCCAGAGAGCUCUGGGACAACAUUAUGACUAAAGGGAAUGCCAAGUAUGCUAACAUGUGGCUGGAAUAUUAUAACCUGGAAAGAGCUCAUGGUGACACCCAGCACUGCAGGAAGGCCUUGCAUCGAGCAGUGCAGUGCACAAGUGACUAUCCAGAGCACGUCUGCGAGGUGCUGCUCACACUGGAAAGGAUAGAAGGAACAUUGGAAGACUGGGAUGCAGCUGUUCAGAAAACAGAAAACAGAUUAGCUCGUGUUAAUGAACAGAGAGCAAAGGCUGCUGAGAAAGAAGCUGCUCUGGCAAGGCAGGAGGAGGAGAAAGCUGAGCAACGAAAACAAUCUCGAGCGGAAAAGAAAGCUUCCAAAAAGGCAAAGAAAAAUAGGAUUGGAGAAAAGCGCAAAGCAGAUGAUGAUGAUGAGGGUGAAUGGGGACAAGAAGAGGAAGAAGAGCAACCCAGCAAGAGACAUAAGGGAGAUGGUGAUGGUUUGCUUCUUGAAGAAGACAUGGAGCUGGAAACUGGGCUGUUUGGAAGAAGUGGACCUGAGAAACCAGAUCACUCCUCAAACCAGAAGGAAAAGCCAUCCACCAGCCGAAAAGACGUCCCCAAAGUUCUGCAUGACAGCAGCAAAGACAACAUCACCGUCUUCGUCAGCAACCUUUCCUACAACAUGACAGAUCCUGAAGUAAAACUGAAAGAGCUCUUUGAGAGCUGUGGGGAGGUUGCUCAAAUCCGUCCAGUUUUCAGCAACAAGGGGACUUUCCGGGGCUACUGCUAUGUGGAGUUCAAGGACGAGAAGUCUGCUCUGCAGGCUCUUGGGCUGGAUCGUAAAGUCGUGGAGGGAAGACCCAUGUUUGUUUCUCCUUGUGUUGACAAAAACAAGAAUCCAGACUUUAAGGUGUUCAGGUAUAGUACUACACUGGAGAAACACAAGCUGUUUAUAUCUGGUCUGCCAUUUUCCUGCACUAAGGAGGAGCUUGAAGAUAUAUGUAAAGCCCAUGGGAAUGUGAGAGACAUUAGGCUGGUCACCAACCGAGCUGGAAAACCCAAGGGCCUGGCCUAUGUGGAAUUUGAAAACGAAGCCCAGGCCUCGCAAGCUGUGCUGAAAAUGGAUGGCCUGACAAUUAAGGAACACGUCAUCAAGGUGGCAAUCAGUAACCCACCUCUUCGAAAGCUGCCAGACAAGGCUGAGGCAGGCAGAGCCUCCCAGUUUGCAGUGCCACGGCAGAUUUAUGGAGCGCGAGGGAAGGGAAGGACACAGCUUUCAAUGAUGCCUCGAGCAUUGCAACGCCAAAGUAAUCCUGUGGCUAAGGCUGAGAAUGGGAUGGUCCAGAAUUCACCAGCAACUUCGUCUGAAAGCACUGAGGAGCCUAAAAAGAUGUCCAACGCUGAUUUUGCCAAGAUGCUGCUGAACAAGUGAGCAAACGGUCAGCAAUCAGCUGAGCUGGUAAAAUGUGAAAUGCCUUUAUGGAAGCCAUGUUGUGUCCUUAUGCUAGCAAGGAGAGAACGCCAGUCACAAUCACAUGUAAAUACUGUUCUGGACUACUGCAUUCAUUAAGAUCAGUGUAGGAUGGAACAAAUCCACUUUCCUCUGUUUUUUAAGAGCAAAGAGUUAUACUACGUUCUGGUAAAAUGGCGUUAUGUGAUUCCUCAUAUUGAGGGUAAUGAGGGGGAAACAUUUCCUGUACAGGUUGGAUGCCACACCGUUUUCUGAGUACUUUACAGAUAUUUCUCUUUCAUUAAAGAAUGAGAUGCCAUGUGAAGGCCUAGCCAUAACCUGGUUGAGAUCCACUGGUCAGAAGCUCAGAUUGUGAUUGCAGUCAUUCUCUCUGACGACAGACCCGUUUUACACCGAAACAUGUUCACACCUUGAUCUCCUUCCAUUAAGAGUUAGAUGGCAAAUGCUAGUAACUUCACCACAAUGGCCUAUUUUAGUAUUGGGAGAGUUUCUAUACAUUUCUGUGUAUAUGUAUAUACACAAUAUACAUAUAUAUGUAUUCAGUUAAUGUUCUGUUCAAGUUGACCCGUUUUUUAUAUUGUGUAUUUGUAAAAGACAUUCAGAUUAUUUUUAAGUGUCAUGAGAUAAUACUUAGACCUGGUAUUUUUUCCCCAUGAAAGCUGUACAUGCUCUUGCUGAGGACCAUUUUUUUGUUAGUUGUUUUUUUGCUAGCUAGUUCAUCUAUCUUUUGCAGGUGGUUUCUGUAUGGUUUUGUACAAAUGUGAAGUGCACGCUGAAGUUUCACAGUUUAUUAAACUCAAGUUCUCAAAGGUUUUCUAUAAAUACUGUUGCUUUUGUUGAAAUGUGGGUGUUGGAAUUGCACUUAUCCUAUGGCAGCUAGUUAAUACUGAUGUACCUCACCUCUCAGGUGCGCUGAGAUACAGUGUCACUUGCAUACCUUUAAGUAGUUCAUUCCAUUUAGUAUGAGUAUCUUGAAACCACUUCAGUAAUCACCUCAGACUUGAAAAUAACCUGGUACAUGGUCUUGGAUAGAAAUAUUACUGCUUAUCUAAAAAUGCUGCUAACUGGAAGUCAGCACGUGGGGGGUUUGAAUGUGAGGGGGAGAGCAGCACCGAGUUCACUUGUACAACAUAAGCACUGCUGCAAAUAAACACUAUUUUCAGUGCUUACUUUCUGUGCUUGUUUGACUUGGCUUCACUUGGUUUGCUUUGUAGGUUUUUGCUGUGUAAAACAGUUGUGUGGGUAACAGAGCAAGGGCCUGAAUCCUCCUGUGCAGCUUGUUUGUAGUACAGUGUGCAUUUGCUUCUGUGCUACGAGCUUGGGCUGACCACUCAGUAUGAAGCAGCAACAUGAGAUCUCAGUCUGCUUUGUGGCAUAUAAUAACAAUCUAAUAUGGAGCUUUAAUGUGGGGGCUGGUAUUUCCAGAUGCUUACCUCACCCUGAUGUCAGGCAGGCACAAAGCAGGAACGAUUAAUGGAGUUUCCUUGGAUUGCUAACGUUGGACUUGCUGUAAAACUUGCUACUCCAGGAACUGAGCUGUGAGCAGUUCUGAUUUUACUGCAGACUUAAUAUUAAAAUACUUUAUUAAUCUGUUAUUAAAAUGAACAUCUUUUUUUUUUCCAGAGCUCUAAAGUGCAGAAUACUUUUAUACUCACAUUGCACUACAAAAAUAAGCAUGCUUUGUAAAAAUAGAACACUUGUUCACAUUCCCUGUCAGCAAUAAUACACGAGGAGAGGCUGGUGCUACAGUGUACAGGUAAUUCCUGGUCUUGGUUUGUUGUCUAUUUGCUGUAUAAAACGUAUCCUAAUUACCUUGCAGGUAAGAGAGCUAAAGGGGAGAGAAAUAGGCCUGGGACAGUACAGGAAUUCAUUCCUUCCAUGUCUUCUGAGCUUGAAGGUGUUGGGAUCGAUGAUACCUGGAAUUAUGCACUUAUACAGCUGGCAGGUGGGGUGUAGGGAGCAACUCCCUUCAAUGUUUAACUGCAACUGCUUUUACCUUAAAAGCACUUUGACUUGGGCGGCAGCUUCCAGGUGCUGUGCAAACUGAGACUGCAGUAGGGAGAGGCCUUAGGUGGUUCUUUAUGCAUUUAUCACAGGAAUAACAGGAUUUGGUAGUUAAUAAACCUAUCAUGAAAAGUUCUCUUGUGUAGAUGAAGGAAACUCAAGUUUUUGGCAAACUCACUAUAUGAAUUCUUACCAAAACAGCCCAGCAGAUAAAGGCAGUCUUGUGGCUAUGUGGAAUGACCUUUUCUGCCUGCAG